AUGCACGCGCUCUUCGUCCAGCGCGCGGUAGAGACGUUGGAGAACUUCCUUGCGUUGGUGGAUUCACUUCCGGAUGACGUGGUGGUUCGUGCUGAGAUUGCAGAUACUUACUCCGAGGCGGCCGCGGGCGCGCGCCGCGCGGUGUCGGAGGCGGCCUCGGGGGACCUGGCAGGACCGAGCCCUCGCGGCUGCCCGCAGGGCACUCGCGCUGGCCCUCGCGAUCUCCCACGACGACACCGUUGUGGCCGCCAUGUACUUUUCGUGGGAGUUCAAGUACGGGCCCCGCUGGAUCUGCCACUCUGCCUGCCCAUCGCCAUGCCAAUCUGCAUCGGCCUCUGGCGGCAGGCAAAGCACGCGCGGGCGGCCCGCGCGCUGCGCCUGCGCGGCGCGAGCGAGGUGUCCUGA